UUCAGUUUUACGAGUGAGUUGUCUAAAAUAUUUUCAUUAUCUAUGUAAAUAAUUUAUUUUAAUUUAAGGAGUUUAUUGAGAUCAUCGGGGUAUAUUUUAAAAAAUAUGAAAAAAAAAAAAAAUUAAAAUAAGUAAAAUAAAGUGAUAUAUUUAAUUUUCUCAAAUAGAUUCGCUGCAAAUUCACUAGACUGGUUGGGAGUUGGGACCAAAAAAAAAAGGGGGAAAAUGAAGGGUAGUUAGGUCAUUUCCGUUAGAGUGUUGAGAGUAAGAAGGCUUUCACUGUGUCGACCUUCCAUGGUAAUCGGCUCUACUCACAGGCGACUUCGACGGGAACUCGCGACGGAUUGGGCACCUGGGUUCUCAAAGGAGCAAGAGACUUCGUCGGGGUUUCCAACAGUGCAGGUUAAAUUUAGGGUUUCUGAAGCGUGACUUAUCUAUCUCUCUCACUCCUCGAAUGCGAUUUUGAUAAACCAUGGAGGGAAAUGGUGGAGAGAAAAUGAUAGAGCCCAUUGUGUGGAUGGAGGAAUAUUCGAGUGUUGCGUUUGGACAACCGAGUCCAGUAUUAAGGAAAAGAAAGAGGAUAGAGUUUUCAGGGUGGGGUUCAACAGCCUUAAUUGAAUUCUUGCAUUCAAUUGGAGUUGACACUACUCAUCCAAUCUCUCAGAUCAAUGUUAAUAAAAUUGUCAAUGAGUAUGUGGAGAGUAUUCUACCCUCCUCAACUACAAGUUUAAUGCUUGAUUUUAGUCAAAAUGGGAGGAAGAAGAAGAAGAAUAAGAAAAAGGUUAUUUGUGAUGAGAAGCUUCGAUCGCUUUUCGGUAAAAAAUCCAUUAACCGGACCAUGAUAUAUAAAUUGUUAGAAUCCCAUUUGGCUGAAGCUAAUGAUCAACUUUAUUCUGAUGACGAUGAUGCAAUUGAUUAUCUUUCUUAUGCGAAUGAAGAAGAGAGAGUUAAAGAAGAAAAACGAGAAAAAUCCCAUCGUCCUAAAAGAUUGAUUGUUGAAGCGUCUGCUUCUAAGUCUAACCUUAAAAGUUGCUUUGCUGCUGUCAUUCCUGAGAAUAUAAAGCUUGUUUAUUUGAAAAGAAGUUUAAUUGAGAAUAUUAUGGAGGAGGAGAAGGAGAAGGAGAAGAAGGGUGAGCCUUCAACUUUCGAAACGAAAAUUGUGGGAAGUUUUGUAAGGACCAAAUCUGACCCUAAUGACUACCUUCAGAAACACUCUCACUGUCUCCUCCAAGUUAUAGGUGUGAGGUUCUCUGAAUCCAAUAAAACUCUUUUUCAAGUUUCUGGUUUUAUAAAAGACGUCCCUCUAUCUUUGAUUUCUGAUGAUGAUUUCUCUAAGGAAGAAUGUGAGGAUUUGCGUCAAAGAAUAAAAGGUGGAAUGCUCAAAAGACCUACGGUGGAGGAGCUCCAACAGAAGGCCCAGAUAUUGCAUGAGGACAUGACGAAGCAUUGGCUUGUUAGAGAACUUGCUUUGCUGAAAAAUCUUAUUGAUCGAGCCAACGAAAAAGGAUGGCGCAGAGAGCUGGCCGAGUACUUAGAAAGAAGGGAGCUACUUGAGAUACCGGAUGAACAGUCAAAACUAUUUCAGGAAGUUCCCAAAGUAAUUGCAGAAGAUAUAGAACCUGAAAUUGAUCCACAGCAUAGUCCAGAGGAAGUAAAACAAGCAAAUGAUAGUUCACCUGGAUCAAUCCUCCCAGGAUCUAAGGAGGCUAAUAUGUUUGAUACUAGAGAAGACGAAUGUGAAGAUGAAUUUGCAUUAACUUGGGCCAUAGAUGACCUAAUUUCUGAAGUAUCUGAGCAUAGCAAUUCAUUGCAAGAGUCAGAAAAGGAGCCAACAAAAUCUGAAAUUGAAGCACAAACCGAGAGUGUACCAGAAAAGAAGCUUUCUAAUGGGGUAAAGGAGAAAGUGGUGAUUGAUUUGAGCGACGAAGAUGAAGAUGAACUACCAGCUCCAACUCAGGCUCCGGCUCCAGCUCCAGUUUCGACCAUGUGGCAUUACUUAGAUCCCCAGGGAGAUAUACAAGGCCCUUUCUCGAUAUUGAUGUUGAAAAAUUGGAAUGAUGAUCAUAAGUGCUUUCCUCCAGAUUUUAAGAUUUGGAAACAAGGUGAGAGCUCAAAGAAGGCUGUACCAUUGAAGAUGGUUCUUGAACAGACUUUUCCAUAUUAAUUGGAGAGAAGAGAACCAGCUUUGCUUUUUCAAUGCUUAAAGUGUUUCACCUGUACCUUCUCAUUUUUGUCAUUCACCAAAAAAAUAAAUAACGAAAAAAAAAAAAGAAAAACAUUGAAAAUUAAAUAAGAAAUAAGAAAUAAUUGUAUCUGACUUAAGCUGUAAGAAUUCUUGUAAAGCUGAGCUAAUCCCCAUUUUUUUUUUUUGACAAA